AUGAGCGUCAGCAACUGGAGCAGCAGCAGCAGCAGCGAGGACGAAGACGACGCCCCCGUGUGGUCGCCCGCGCGGCUCGCAGAGGAAGGCGUGGCCUACCGCGUCGUCGGCUUCGUCAAUGACAAAGUCAACAUCGAGAAGCUCGCGCUGCUCGUGCGCAAUGCGGACUACGCGCCCAGAAGCUUCAGCGCGUUGGUGAUGCGCUUCCAGGAGCCACGCGCGACUGUGCUGGUCUACAGGAGCGGCAAGUUUGUGGUGAUUGGGGCUACGAGUGUGGACGACUCCAAGCUGGCAGCAGACAAACUGGUCUCCAUUUUCAAGAAAGUUUCGUUUCCGAGCGACUGCAGCCCGUUCACUGUUCGCAACGUGGUGGGGUCGUCAGACGUCGGCUUUAGAAUACGACUGGAAGGCUUGGCGAGAGACCACCUGCGCUUCAGCACAUACGAGCCGGAAAUGUUUCCAGGGCUGAUUUACCGCAUGCUGCGACCCAAGUGUACUUUACUUAUCUUCAUAUCGGGCAAAAUCGUUAUCACGGGAUGCGAGUCCCCUGCACAAGGGGAGAAGGCGCUGGGUAAAAUAUUCCCCGUUUUGCUGCAAUAUCGUCUACGUGACGACAUCUCCAGUGACGAAGACGAAGACGAAGCAAUGUGA